AUGCUGGAAACUAAACAAUGCUCGUUGUUCUCCCCGCGAGAAGACCAAUUUAUCAUCUGGUAUAACUCGGGCGGCACAUUGGCUCCACCGGCAAAUUUACCAUCGACGCUCGAGGGCAGCAUUGCUCGCCCUCGUCGUCAGUCAUUGCUCAUCGGACAGCGCUCUUUAGACGUUUAUAACGAAGUUGACCAAGGACCGAAAUUUGUGAGAUGGAUCAUCGACAAAUUCCGGAAUUGGGGAUUCCUGAUUGCCAAACACGCAUGGCUCGCCAUCAUUAUCUGCUUAUUUGUUUCUGCCGUUUCAGUCUUGAAGAUUUUAUUUACAAAACAAAUGAAUGACAUUACUGGUUAUACACCAUAUGGUGCUCGCGCCAAAGACGAGUACAUCGAAUAUCAGAAAUUUUUCUCUAGCGCCGGCCUCCCGAUCGCCGCCUAUCUUUUCAUUGUCGCCAAGGAUAAUGGAAGUAUGGUGCGGCCGGAUUAUCUCGACGAGACAAUUCAGGUGUUAAACUAUGCGAUGAACAAUAUCACCAUGUACGAUUCGAUAUCGAAACGAAAUGAAUCGUUCAAUCAGUUUUGCGAGAGCUUUUGUCAGGUUAACGAGCCAGUACGCCAAUUCUACAACGGAUACCAAAUAUUGAGUGAUGGGGAGAGUAAUUCACGCAUCAAAAUGAGAUAUCCAAUCUCGGAAAUGUUCGGAAGACAAUUUUCCUUGCAGCCAAAUUUCUUUGGAGUUGAGCUAUUCGACGACAAUGCUGACGAUGAUGCCGCCAAACUCUUAGAUGCCGCAAAUGGAGAACCAGUUUUGGAAUUGAAUUCGACGUCUCUCAAAGAUCCAAUGUCAAGGAUAAGCAAUGUAAAAUCGGUAAAGAUGAUCACAUUCCAAUUCCGCGCCGAACACAAGCCGGGAUGGACUGAAGAGCAAGUGAAAAAAUGGGAAAUGAGUCUGGUUGAUAUUUUCGAAAAACGCUACAACUCAAAACGCCUCAAAAUUUACGCCUACUCGCAAUCGUAUGUGGAAGAGGAGAUGGUCCGUGGUGGAAUAAUCAUGCUCCCUUAUUUGGUGGUUGGUUUCACUAUCAUGUGCGUUUGCAGUUGCAUUCUGGUGAUGACAAGAGCCUUGUACAUGCAUCAAGAGAAUUUCUAUAAGAUAAUCCUUGCCAUAAUGGCGUGUCUCACGCCGCUGCUCGCUUGCGCCACCGCAUUGGCGCUAAUGUUUCUGUGCGGCGUCCGAUUCGCCUCGAUUCUUUGCGUCAUCCCAUUCCUCGUCCUUUCGAUUGGUGUUGACUCAUCUUACUUGAUGAUCCAUGAAUGGCAACGAGUCACGAAGCAUAUGCGAGAGACGCCGAGAAAAAAGGACAGCGUUGGCCAUCGAAUGAGCGAGGUGAUGGCCGAAGUCGGCCCGGCGAUUCUCAUUUCGUGUCUGACGAACAUGUUCGCCGAUUUUGUCGGCUCGUUCACCUCGUCGCCGGAAAUUACGCUCCUCUGCACGGGCAACAUGCUCUCCAUGUGGUUCGCUUUCAUUUAUCAGAUGACAUUCUACGCCGGUUUGAUGACAAUCGUCGGCGGCUAUGAGUUCAAGCAUGAUGAGAUCGACAAGAAUCGAAUGGAAAUCAAUAUCGCUGAGAAUCGCGUCAACAUUGCGCGACACCAUCGACCAUUGACGCGCCAACCGUCGAAAUUCCAUGAGGCGACGAAGCCAAUUAUCAGCGAGAGCCUUCAGAAGUACACCCAUCUCAUGACAACGCCAAUCGUUUUUGUAUCAAUAUUUUUGAUCUACCUCACUUAUUUGGGAUUAAGCAUUUAUGGAAUCACUAAGCUUAAUAUCAACCUGACUGCUCAGAAGCUGUUCGCGUUGGAUUCUCCACUUCUCGAGCUUGACGACCUUCGCAUCAAAUACCAGGUUCCUCAUUAUUCAAUGGCGACCGUCUUCGUGAACAAUCCCGGCAAUCUUGAAGAUCCGAAGCGUCUUCAACGACUCAAUCAAUUUGUGCGCGACAUGGAAGCGGCGAACGGCACUUGGGGCGAAUCAUGGGGCGAAGUCGGAACCAAAUAUUUUGUGCGAGAUUACGAUGUAUUCCAACAAUCAUUUGGAAGUGAGGACGAUGAGGAAGAGGAAUUUGACCCGAAUUCGGUAGACAAGCCAGUUUCAGUGCACUCGGACGAUCAAUUGAUCUAUCGUGAAGACGAGCUGAAAUACUUCCUUAAAUGGCCGGAAUACGAUUUUUGGCAAGGAUUUGUGAAGUUGAGAAACGUGACGAACUCAACGGAUCCCGAAGCGGAAGAACUCGACCGCUUCUUUUUCACCACCGGAUAUCACGGCGAGAAUUUGACGAUUUGGACGCAACGCGGUGAAAUGCUGAAAUCUUGGCGAAGAGUCGUCGACAAAUAUUCCGAUUUCGAUGCUUCGGUGUUCCACGAAGACGGCGUCUAUCUUGAUUUGAUCGAUAACAUGCCAACGGACACGUGGCAAUCAGUUCUCGGAACGCUCGUCUGCAUGGCGUUUGUGUGUUUUGUGUUCUUGAACAACAUGUUCACCGUCGCCAUCGCCUCACUAUCGGUGUUGUCGAUUUGUGCAGGAAUCCUUGGAAUUUUGUCAUGGUGGAAUGUGGAUCUCGAUCCGAUCACAAUGGCGGCCAUGAUCAUCUCAAUCGGAUUCUCUGUCGAUAUUCCAGCACACGUCUCAUAUCAUUACUAUCAAGCAUCGAUUCAAGAGGGACCAAUGUCGCCGCCAUCGUCGCGUCUCGCCAAUUGCCUCUCAUCGGUGGCGUUUCCGGCGUUGCAGGCGGCACUUUCGACAAUUCUUUGUGUUUGUAGUUUGUUGUUCGUCAAAAUCUACAUGGCUGAGGUUUUCGUUAAAACCAUGGUGCUUUGCGUCGUUUUGUGCAAUUUGCAUGGUCUCGUCUUUUUGCCGGCGAUCCUGAUCCUGUUGGAUUCAAUUCGAUGGGCGUUUAGGCCGAAAGGAGCUGCGGCUCAACGGCCGAAGCCGAAGACGAAUUCAAGGCAGAAGCAUAAAAACUCAAAAGUGCAACCUGAGAAGAGCUCUGUCACAGAUCGUCCGGAAGUUUAA